AUGGCUCCCAUGCUUCUUAAGGGCCUCUGCGCGCUUGCUGCAGUUGCUGCCAUCAGCAGCAGCGCUGCAGCGCCCCCUGCUGCCGAAGGCGGCAGCAGCAGCAGCAGCAGCAGCGGCAGGUCCGAGCUUGCUGCUGCUCGUCCCGCCGGCUCUGGUGGCCUGCGCGGCUCCUUCGGCGAGCGCGACGAGCCCCGCCGCAGCAGCAGCAGCAGCAGCAGCAGCAGCGACGCAGCUCUUGAGUCUCUCCUUUCUGAGCCUGAGACCAUCGAGCUUGCUGCUGUGGCUCUUUCCAGCAUAAACACCUUUUGGCUGUCUUUGACGCCGGAGGCUCGCGAGGAGCUGCUGAAGGACAUUGGCAGCAGCAGCAGCAGCAGCAGCAGCGGCAGGCAAGAAGAAGAUGUUGACGAAAGGGCAGAAGAGGAGGACCAAGGAUUGUCCCGCGGGCGCCGCCCCAGCAGCAGCAGCAGCAGCAGCAGAACUCUGACAGAAGAUGCAGCUCUGUUCCGCGUGCUGCAGCGGCUGGACGACUCCCCAGCAGCAGCAGCACCAGCAGCAGCAGCAAGCAGCACGAGCACCUCGACAGCAGCCCCCGGCGAGCGGCUGAGCACCGCAGCAGCAGCGUUCCUGCAGUCGUCGACAGCAGCAGCAGAGCUCGACAGCAGCAGCAGCAGCAGCAACGGGUUCGUGGAGAUCGACAUCUUCGAUGUUGCUGCAGCAGAUGCAGCAGAAGAUGAUGCACUCGAGAGACUGCAGCAGCAACUCAGCUCCCUCGACAUGAAUGAAAGUGAAGUCUUGAUGGCUUUUAGAUCUUUCAUUAGGCGCUACGGGCAGCAGCUGAAGCAGUUUGACCAGCAGCUGCAGCAGCAGCUGCACAGCGGGGCCUUCCAGCAGCAGCUGCAGCAGCUGCGCGAGGCGGUGCAGCAGUUCCAGGAGAGGCACCCCGAGCACUCUGCUGCAGCAGCAGCAGCAGCAGCAGACAGCGACAGCGACGAAGCUGAGGACAUCGCUGGCCAGGGCCUCAAGCACGAAAGGGAGCGCAGCAGCAGCAGCAGCACCAGCACUGCAGCACCCCACAGCCGCAGCAGCAGCACGGAAGCAGGCGAGGAGAGGGAGGAAGAACGCAGCAGCAGCAGCACCACCACCACCACUGCUGCUCCACGAGCUUCCACACUAGCAGCAACUCUCGUCGGCAGCGGCGUCACGGAAGCAGCAAGCAGCAGCAGCAGCAGCACAAGAGCAGCUGAGGAGGAGCGCAGCAGCAGCAGCACCCGGGCCGCCGAGCACGAGCGCAGCAGCAGCACUGCAGCAGAACACAGCAGCAGCAGCACCAGCACCAUUGCAGCAACUCUCGUCGGCAGCGGCGUCACCGAAGCAGCUGAAGAAGAGAGCAGCAGCAGCAGCACUCGCGCAGCAGAAGAAGAGGGCAGCAGCAGCAGCAGCACCCGCGCAGCUGAAGAAGAGAGCAGCAGCAGCAGCACCCGCAGCAGAAGCAGCAGCACGUCCACCACCACCGUCGCACCCGCGCUUCUCUUCGGCAGCGGAGUCACCGAAGCAGCAGAGGGCAGCAGCAGCAGCAGCAGCAGCACCGAAGCAGCUGAGCGUAUCAGCAGCAGCAGCAGCACCCGCGCAGCCGAACGUGAACACAGCAGCAGCAGCACAAGAGCAGCAGAGCAUGAGCGCAGCAGCAGCUCCACUAGAGCCGUCUAA